AUGGCUCGCACUUACAACAUCGACAAGUCGCUCUUCAAGCAGCACUUUCGCAUCGCUCCCACAACCCAGACACCGGCGACGUCUUCAUCUCCCCUCGACAGCGGCCUCUACGCCCCAAUUGCUCUCGUCGCCAACUCCCGCACCGUCCCCUUUGUAUCCCUGCACGCAGGGCCUGAAGCGUCCUCGUCCACGCCCGUUAUCGCCGUGUCGCACCUCCCAUCCUUUAGCAAGCACUUCAAGCUUGGCCUUGCUUCUCAGUCGCCGGAGCCGUUGGCGUCAGUGGAAGGGGCCAAGAGUCACAUUGGCGGCGACAUGGUCUGGGAAGAGCUACGUAUGGACACGUCCAAUGGCUCGAGGCAUAGCUGGUCCAUGAUUUUGCCUUCUGGCGACGAGGGCGACGGCGUUUACGAGGAUCGGGGGCGAAGCGUCCAUAGGAGAACGUUUGUCUGGAAACGGACGCACGCCGUUGCCGUUGACGGGAUGAACAUUGCCCCUCUCAGCACGCGCAAUUGGAAACUCGUCGAGCACCUCACGGCAGACAGCGCCCCCGACGCUGGAGGACGACCAGACUCGGCUGGAGAAGCGCACGAGGGCAAGACGGCCCCUGUGCUGGCCGUCUUCACGACCAGCACGAAGAGAGGCCGCUGCGGCGUGCUCCAGAUCAACGUCAACUAUGGAGGCCAGUUCGACACCAUCCUGUUAAUGGCGCUGUUGACCUUGUACUGUUCCGGUCGGUGA